GAUGAGUCAGCAGGGGGGCGGUCAGGCACGGACCAGGAAGAGUCUGACUCAACUCACGGAACAACACACGCUGGUAGAUACAGAAACAGACGAGUUAAAACAACUUACAACUACAGUCCAGACACAAACUCAAUAGAAUUUAUUCCGAAGAAGGGGCUGAACUGUAUUUAUCUGGACCUAGAGGUAUGAACGCAGACUUUGACGAGCAGCAAGACGAACUACUCGCCCUGCAAAGUAUUUUCGAUUCGGAGGAGUUCCGCCGGGAUGAGUCGAAGUGUGCCGGAGAUAUCCGGGUGUCUGUUGAGCUCCCAUCAGACUUCAGUGUGGUCUUGAAAGACGGUGAAACGCUGAUUCGAUAUGAGAUUUCGUUCCUUCCACCUCUGCUCCUGACCUUCGACCUGCCUGAGGACUACCCAUCCUCGUCUCCUCCCACCUUCACCCUAACCUGCGGCUGGCUGACUCACACACAGCUGUCUGCACUGGGUGCUCAGCUCAUUGAACUCUACCAGGCCACCGGGGGCGCUGUGGUGCUCUUCUCCUGGGUACAGUUCCUGAGAGAGGAUGCCCUGAAGUUCCUGGGCGUCCACAGUCAGCUGGAGCUCCCUUGUGAUGGACACAGCAUCCUGAAUAGUGAACGAACAGGGCCUCCUCAUAAACCGGACACCUCUGCACCUUCUCCAGAAGCUAAACAGCAUCUUUCAGCCCCUGAUGAGGGCGGCGCAGACUCUCAGGAAGCUUUGGGUGCUGCCUCGCUGCCUCCCUCUGCCUCAUCAGAUUCACUAAAUCUAAGUGAACAGGGAGCUGCUUCUCUGCCAGACGUCCCCCAGAGAGAAGACCUCUCUGAUUUCUCCUUGACUCCAUCGCAAACCCUCUUGUCCCAGAUUUUGACCUACGACGCGUCCCAGAGAGAGAGAGUGUUUGCCGCCACCGUGUUUGACUGCGGCGUGUGCUUCACGAGCUGGCUCGGGUCCGACUGUGUGCUGCUGGACGAGUGCGGCCACAUCUUCUGCAGGACCUGCCUCGGCGAGUUCUGUAAGCUCCAGAUAACGGAGGGGACCGUCCGCAGUGUCACGUGUCCUCGGUCGGACUGCGCUGCCACCCCUACACCUGCACAGGUGAAGAGUCUGGUUGGAGAGGAGCUGUUCAGCCGCUACGAUCGCCUCCUGCUACAGUCCACUCUAGACGGCAUGCCCGACGUGACAUACUGUCCUCGUCGGUCCUGUGGGUCCGCCGUCAUUCGGGACGAGUCCGGCAACGCCGCCAUGUGCCCCGUGUGCAGCUUUGCCUUCUGCGUGGCCUGCGGGAAGAACUACCACGGAGCAGGGUCCUGUCCGAGAGAGAAGAGGACAGGAACAAAGAAAGACGCAGAGGACGACGGAAAAUAUGUCCUUGCAGACCUGCCACAGACGACAGAGGGGAUUAGGGCUCUAUGGGACGACUAUGCCAGUGGCAGUAAGGAGAGGCGGCAACUCCUGGAGAGAAGAUACGGCACCCACAUUUUGCAGGGCCCGGUGGAGGAGGGUCUGAGUGACAGCUGGAUAUCCGUCAACAGCAAGCUCUGUCCUCACUGCUUCAGCAAAAUAGAGAAAAUCGAAGGAUGUAACGUGAUGACGUGCUCUAGGUGUCGCAAGAUGUUCUGCUGGAUCUGCCUCGCCAAACUGUCUAAUUCAAAUGCAUACGAACACUUUAGGGAGACUCCCUGCGUUUCCUACAGAUAACAGAUUUUACACUUGUCAUGGUCCUUUCAAAUCCAUUCGAUUUUUAACACCUAACAAUGCACUUGUCCAAAAUAAAUAGAAGAAAAGAAAACAAAAGUCGAAAAGUCAGUUAGUUUGAAAUGAAUAUUAAAGCCUGUAACACGUAUGUCAUACCAGGUGAUUAUCAGUAGAGGGCGCUAAAUAACAACAGCACCUUGGUCACACGUGGAGGGAGACUUUUUUCUCAUGAAAAUAAUUGUGCAAUAAUAUCUCAUGAGUCAUGACUGAGUAUUUAAUAAUCAAAUAUUACAUUACUGUGAAUGUAUAUUUUUUUAUAAUGCAGGAUGCAAAUUGUGAAUAAUGUAUAAAAAUAUUGCCUGCG